CCACUCCCUACUCGUUUGACAGGCACAUCCAGUGUCCGUGGCAACGAGCAGAGGCUUUACUCCCGUGUUUAUUCCCGUGUUCACACUCUCGCUACCUCAGAGAAUCGCGACAUUCCUGCGAAGACCCCGCCGAAUGACUUUUUAGACAGUCCGACCAUUUUCAGCGGCAGGCUUUUACCAACUUGUAAUGCCAAAUGUUCGCGUAUAAGCCAGGCUAGGUGCCCCAGACACCAUGAAUGACAAAUACCACCGGGCAGCCAGGGAUGGCUACCUGGACUUACUCCGGCAGGCCACUCGGAAGGAGCUAAAUUUGCCGGAUGAAGAUGGAAUGACACCUACGCUAUGGGCCGCCUACCACGGCAACCUGGACGCGUUAAGGCUCAUUGUAGGACGGGGGGGUGACCCAGACCGCUGUGACAUCUGGGGCAACACGCCGCUCCACCUGGCCGCCGCCAACGGGCACCUGAACUGCCUCUCCUUCCUGGUCUCCUUCGGUGCCAACGUGUGGUGCCUGGACAACGACUACCACACGCCACUGGACAUGGCCGCCGCCAAGAGCCACAUGGAGUGCGUGCGCUACCUGGACUCCAUCGCCGCCAAGCAGGCCGCCCUCAACCCCAAGGUGGUGGGCAAGCUGAAGGAGCGGGCCUUCAAGGCGGCCGAGCGGCGCAUCACGGACUGCGUGAGGCUGCAGAAGAAACACCACCAGCGCAUGGAGCGCCACUUCCUCAAGGAGCAGUCGGCGGCGGCCAUGGCGGAUAACUCGGACACUAUGAGCUUCUCGAGCUACACCAGCGGGAGCACGCUCAGCCGCAGACUGCCUCAGUUCAACACCGUCAACUCCAACAUGACCUACUCACAGGCCACCAUCCACUCCACCGCCAAGGGCAAGACCAAGAUCCAGAGGAAGCUGGAGAAGAAGAAGCAGGUGGAUGGCACGUUCAAGAUCUACGAGGACGGCCGCAAGAGCGUGCGCUCGCUGUCUGGCCUGCAGAUGGGCAACGACGUCAUGUUCCUCAAGCAGGGAACGUACCUUCAGGCCCGUGACCAACGCGCCGCCUCGCGCCUCAACAUCCGGCACAUGUUCGGCGGCGGUGAAGGGGAUGACGACGACUACCGAGCGGACACCAUCUCGCGCGCCCUCAGCGACCCGGGACUCCACGAGGCCGCCUCUUCGGAGGUCAGCGCCGACUCGGGCCGGGACUCGCUGUUCACGCGGCCCGGUCUGGGCACCAUGGUGUUCCGGCGGAACUAUGCCACCCGGAGUGGCGCGCUGCUGGGUGCGCUGAGCGAGGGCAGUGUGGUGGGCAGCGAACCCGUCGGACGAGCUCCCAACGUGAGGCUCCGCGGACCGUUGCCUCGCAGGUCGCCCAGCCUGGACGAGGACAGCGCCGUGUCACUACCCUGGGAGGAGGCCGACCUGGGGCUGGACGGGGUGGACAUGGAGGGGCAGCUGGAGGGGCAGCUGGAGCCGGAGACGGGGUCUCUGGAGGUGUUCCUGGUGUCCCAGGGCCUGGGAGAGUUCAUGUCCAUCUUCAGGAGACAGCGGAUCGACCUGGAGGCCUUGCAGCUGUGUUCAGAUAAGGACCUGGCCAGCAUCCACAUCCCCCUCGGGCCCCGCAAGAAGAUCCUGGAGGCCUGUAGGAGGCGCUCUGACAUCCUGGACGACUCAGAGGCCAUGGGGGACACCGCACUAUGAAUAUGUGGAAUUUUAUUACACAACUGGCUCUGAUAACUUCCACAGGCACAAAGACAGAAGAGUGUGUCUGUGUGUGUGUGUGUGUGUGUGUGUGGGUGUGUGUGUGUGUGUGUGUGUGUGUGUGUGUGUGUGUGUGUGUGUGUGUGUGUGUGUGUGUGUGUAUUUGCAUGUGUUGGUUCUGAGCUGGUCAACAGAUCCAAAGGUCAAGGUCUGCUGACACUGCUGGCACUGAACAUCAUUCAUUCCCUGGACCUCUGUCUCUCUCUCCCUCUCACACACACACA